CUAAUCUGUGUUGUUAAUAGAUAUUAAGUCCCCCAUCUUUCAGUCUGUGUUCACCAAGCCUCUGUUUCUCUGUAAAUUUUACAACUUUAAAACCCAAAAACCAUGGCUACACUUUCUCAAUUGAAUAUCUUUCCAUGCAAGGCCUUCCAAACAACUGUAAAACACAAUAAGUUAACCUCAAAACCUUCAAUUCUGCCUCUGAAUUGUAUCAAAACAACUCAGAGUUUGAUCAACAAAUCUCAAUUUUUGACCAAACAAUCAAUCCCGGAAGGACCCGUUUUCCAGGUCCGUGCUGUGGAAGGUGAGGAAUGGGUCCCAGACAAGGAGGAGGAGCCAGUAACAGAGAGUCUUGGAGUGGCAGUGGCAGAGGAGGAGAAGCCUAAAGAAGUGGUGGAAAUCGAGGGCUUGAAGAGAGCUUUGGUAGAUUCAUUUUAUGGGACUAAUCGUGGCUUGACAGUUACGAGUGAGACGAGAGCUGAGAUUGUUGAGCUUAUAACUCAGCUGGAGGCCAAGAACCCAACUCCAGCACCAACUGAGGCUUUGCCCCUGCUCAAUGGCAAAUGGAUUCUCGCGUACACAUCUUUCCCAGGUCUGUUUCCAUUGUUGUCAAGGGGUCAAUUGCCAUUAGUAAAGGUGGAGGAAAUAUCACAGACCAUUGAUGCUGAAAGUUUCACUGUGCAGAACUCUGUUCAGUUCUCUGGACCAUUAGCCUCAAGUUCUAUUAGCACAAAUGCUAAGUUUGAGGUCCGAAGCCCCAAGCGAGUGCAGAUCAAGUUUCAAGAAGGCAUAAUUGGAACUCCCCAGCUGACAGACUCUAUAGUCUUACCUGAAAAUGUGGAAUUUCUGGGACAAAAAAUUGAUCUCACUCCUAUUAAAGGCUUGCUCACCUCUGUGCAAGACACGGCUUCCUCUGUUGCAAAGACAAUUUCCAGCCAACCACCAUUGAAGUUCUCGUUAUCAAACAGCAAUGCAGAAUCAUGGUUACUUACAACAUAUCUUGACGAAGAACUGCGAAUUUCAAGAGGAGAUGCUGGGAGUGUUUUUGUGCUCAUCAAGGAGGGCAGUGCUCUCUUGACACCAUGAACUAAACUUUAGAUUCCUUUUCUUCUUUCUCCUUAGCUUUGCAUCAGUCUUAUCUAUUCUCCUGGUUUCUGUUAGACUGAUGUAAGAAAAAUAUGUAGGUAAUAAACGGUCAUGAAGUCUGUUUGUUUUAAGACUUGAUUCUAAGUUGCUGUUCCAAAGUAAGGGAGAGUUGAUAUAAUAUUUUGAAGAUAUAUAUUUAUCUUUUACUGAAUGUUUGACUUUCA